CUGUGAUGUCAUGGCAGCUGCCAGCGUGAGCAGACCUGGCAGUGCCCAGACCACUGAGAAGUCUCAGUUGACCUUGAAAGUGGUGUCGGCGAAGCCCCAGUCCCCAAAGCUGCCGAACCGGCACUCUCGGCUGAGCUCCUUCGUUGAGGUGACUGCAGACGGCCUCACCAGUGAAACCAAAAAAACAGGCAAACGUAGCGGGCACCUUGAGCUGCAGUGGAACGAAGACCUCACCCUUAAUGUGACGCCACAGAGUCGUCUGGAUCUGAAGCUGUGGAAGAUACUUCAGUCGGAUAGACCCAACCUGAGGAGGACACAGAGCGAGGAGACUCCCAGUACAGCGGGAUCACAGGCCAGGAGCAACAGGCACUCAGUGGGGGGUUCGCAGGGUGAGUCCCCGGGGGACUCCAGAGGGAGCUCUCUGACAAAUGGGGAUCUGAGUGAGGAGCAGAUCCCCGGACCCGUUGCUCGCCGGCAGUCCUCUAAGAGUCACGGCAGCCCCGGAAACAGCGCAGAUAAGGUUGAGCUGACGUCUAAUGGACUGGAGAACAAUCGCGGCGUGUCCCUACACACGCCUCCUCCAUCUUCUCCUUCGGGCAGGUCUCCGGCUGCCAGCAGCAGCAGCAGUAGCCCCUCUCCUGGUCAGCAGGAAGCCCUGGGUCCAGCUGCCUCAGUGGAGCCCAGCUCCAACACCACCUCUAGCACAGAGCAGGCCAGCAACAGCACCACAGAGCCCACCACAGACUCACUCCCAGCAGGCUGGGAGCAGAGGGUGUUGCCUCAUGGCAGAGUGUACUACGUUGACCACAACACCAAAACCACAACGUGGGAGAGACCACUGCCACCGGGGUGCGCCCGUAGCACUUUUAAAUGUGUUUUCUCCAUCAGUGCACUGGUUGUUUAGGGUUACGUAAAGUUAGGCUAAUGCAUGUGUCAACAUUCCUUUCUGUAAACUAAAGGGCAUUCAGUCAUCACCUGUCUGAAAAUAACCGUUUCCUCUGAUAUCUGUGGCCACUUUUUUUAGCUUCACCAUCUGACAGUAACGUAACU